CCCGCUCCCAGCCAGCCCUCUGACUCACGCUCCCCAUUACCGAAGUUUUCCGCCUUCCAGCUGCCGGGUGCGGAGUGUGUGAGUACGCCUGAGUGGUGUGCACUCGCCUCCCUCCCAGGCCUCGACCUUGGCUCUGCCCAUCCCCCACCCCAGUUCCCUGAGGGGACGUACAAGUUCAGCCACUUCUCCCCAAGAUGGGGGGCCUUGCAUCCAACUACAGCUGGGGAAAUGGAGAGAGGGGUUUCUCCUCCUCCUUUCCCAAUCCAGGAAGUCCUUCCUGGUGUCUGGCUGGAAUCCCUCUUGCUGCUGAACUGUGAUCCCCAAGCUGAGCGACUCCCAGGAAUCCAGGCUCCAGUCCCUCCGCCCUGGUCCCAGCACGCGGAUUUCCCGGCUGGACAGGAGAGCAGGCAGAGGGGUGGGCGUCCUGCCCACAUGGCCGGCCUCCACGUGCAUCCGUCUGUCCCUUCCCUGCAGCUUGCCAUCCUCUAAGCAUCUCUGCGCCCGCAGGGCGAGCCUGGCCGGCUCUGUGUGGGUGUUUGCAGUUGGACACCCUCCCUCCCGCCCGCAACCCCCCUCCUCCCCAGGCCUCAGCUGCUGGCCAGCCCCCUCCCCGCCCCCCCUCCUGUCCCCUGCUGCCUCCUCGGCAGCUUCCCUGGCUCCUGGCAAAGAGUCCAGCUCCUGCCUGCUCCUCCCGGGUCCAGGGCGCCUCAGCGGGCGCGUCCCCCUCCCGCCCUCCGGUGGCCGCUGCCUCCUCCCCUCUGCUGCUCCCAUCCCCUCCCACCUCACCCCUGCCCUGGACUCCACAAACAUGAGGGUCUUGGCCUGCCUUUUCGCCGCUCUGGUGGGGAUCCAUGCCAUUGAGCGGCUGCGUCUGGCUGAUGGCCCCCACGGGUGCGCAGGCCGGCUGGAGGUGCGGCACGGCGGGCGCUGGGGGACCGUGUGUGACGACGGAUGGGACCUGCGGGACGCCGCGGUGGCGUGCCGGGAGCUGGGCUGUGGGGGGGCGCUGGCUGCCCCCCGGGGCGCCUUCUUUGGGGAGGGCUCAGGGCCUGUGUGGCUGAGCGAGCUGGCCUGCCGGGGCAGCGAGGGACAGCUGGGGCGGUGCCCCCACCGCGGGUGGAAGGCCCACGUCUGCUCCCAUGAGGAGGACGCAGGUGUCGUCUGUGCAGGUCAGCGUGUGGCCAAUUCCAGGGACACAGAGGAUUCACCCUUGCUCCUGGAUGGGGACCCCUGGCCAGGGCUGUCUGAGGAGCUGAGCCCCAGCUUUGAGGAGUCCCCCGUUACUCAUGCCCUCCACCCAGCUGGGACCCCCCAGGGCAGCUCCCGGAAGAAGAGUCCCCGGCCACCCAAGCAGGCCAAGUCCACCAGGGCCCCCUCGCUGACGGUUGGAGCCCCCCGCCCGGAGCGGCUGCGCCUGGCCUCGGGCCCCCACGGGUGCGCGGGCCGCCUGGAGGUGUGGCACGCGGGGCGCUGGGGGACCGUGUGUGACGACGGAUGGGACCUGCGGGACGCCGCGGUGGCGUGCCGCGAACUGGGCUGCGGGGGGGCGCUGGCUGCCCCCGGAGGGGCCCGAUUCGGCCAGGGCUCGGGGCCCGUGUGGAUGGACGACGUGGGGUGCGGCGGCGGCGAGCAGGCCCUGCGGGACUGUCCCCGGAGCCCCUGGGGUCGGAGCAACUGCGACCACAGCGAGGACGCAGGGCUGGUCUGCACAGGCCCGGCCCCCCGGCUGCGCCUAGCCGACGGCCCCCACGGGUGCGCCGGCCGCCUGGAGGUGUGGCACGACGGACGCUGGGGUUCGGUGUGUGACGACGCAUGGGACCUGCGGGAUGCCGCGGUGGCCUGCCACGAGCUGGGCUGCGGGGCUGCCCUGGCUGCGCCUGGAGGGGCCUUCUUCGGGGAGGGGGCUGGACCCAUCCUCCUGGACGAUCUGCGCUGCCGAGGAAACGAGACGGCCCUGCGGUUCUGCCCGUCAAGGCCCUGGGGCCAGCAUGACUGUCACCACCGGGAGGAUGCCGGGGCUGUGUGUGAUGGCAUGCCUCUCGCCUACGGCCCUCCCACGGCCCCCGCAGUGGGCAGCAACAGCUCCGCGUCCAGGGAGGCAGCGUCCAGGCCCUCGCCCCCGACUGCGCGCCCGGCCUCAAGGACAGUGGGCAUUUCACCUCCUUCUGCAUCCUCAGCUGCCCCUUGGGAGCCUGGGCCAGAAACUGGGUCCCCCCAGCUGCGGCUGGUGGCUGGGCCCAGCAGAUGCUCCGGCCGGCUGGAAGUGUGGCACGCUGGGCGCUGGGGCACUGUGUGUGACGACGGCUGGGACCUGCGGGACUCGGCUGUGGUCUGCCGGGAGCUGGGCUGCGGGGAAGCCCGGCAGCCAGACCCUGCGGCGGGCCGCUUCGGCUGGGGUGCCGGCCCCAUCUGGCUGGACGAUGUGGGGUGCACAGGCACGGAGGCGUCGCUCCUCAACUGCCCUGCCACCCCCUGGGGGAAGCACAACUGCGCUCACAACGAAGACGUUGGUGUCAUCUGCACUGGGACUGCUGGCGUGGACUCCAUCUCAGACCCCUUCAGCUGGAGCUGGCUCCCCGGCCUGGACAGAGACCCAGAUGUCUGGCCCCCCGGGGAGCUGGCCACCAAGCCCGCUGUGAGGCCAACCCUCAGUGUUCCCGAGAAGACCACCAGGGUCCCCGGGAAGAUGCCCAAGAACACCAAGAAGUGGGUGACCAAGCACGCAAAGAGGCCAACCACUCAGGCCCCCAUGAUGCCUACCACUAAACAUGCCAGGGGCCCGAGCACCCAGGGUGUCCCGGAACUGACCUCCCGAACAGCUGCGGUCCUGACCACCGAAGCCCGCCACCGCCCGACUUCACACACCACCAGAGUGCCGACCCCCUGGGAACGAGCCUCUGAGACCGUGACAAUGCCGAUCACUCAAGAUUCUGGAGAGGUGACCUCUGAGGUCACCAGCGUCAGGCGAAUCCCUCCGUUCUCUGCAGAGUCAUCGGCCGAGAUCCCAGCAGAAGGUUCUCCAGAGUCAUCCAAAGACCUGGGCCCCUCCCCCACUGGGGGCACCCCUGGGGGGUCAGGCCCCUUCCGAGUUCGUCUGGCCGACGGGCCCAACCGGUGUGCCGGCCGGCUCGAGGUGUGGCAUGCUGGACGCUGGGGGACAGUAUGCGAUGACAACUGGGACCUGCGGGACAGCACUGUGGCCUGCUGGGAGCUGGGCUGUGGACGUGUCCGGCCCCGAGUGGGCAAAACCCACUAUGGCCCUGGGACCGGGCCCAUCUGGCUGGAUGACGUGCACUGUAAAGGCACCGAGACCUCACUGAGCGACUGCCCUGCGGGGGCGUGGGGACAGCACAACUGUGACCAUGAGGAGGACGUGGGGCUGACCUGCACUGGCCACGCCGAUGAGGAGGACUAUCCCCCCUGGACCUGGGACCCCACCUCAGGAGAGGAGCUGACCCAGGGGACCACUGCUGCAGGGACACUUGGACACACUGUCUCCUGGGGCAGCACCCGGAGCCCCAGGGUCCCUUCCCCAGCAAUAAGACGCAUUCCGGGCCCAGGUGGUAAGGAUGGUUACCAGCCUUACCGGGUACGGGACAGACCUUCGGGAAGGGCCUUGGCCAAGGGGACCACCACUACAGGCGCAUCUGGACCCACUCUUACCACUGGCACCACUAGAAGCCCAGGCCACUCCUCACCAACUCCAAGGGUCCGUGGAGAUGCAGGUUCUGGAAGGAAACCGUGGCCCGAUCGCCGGCUGCUGCGGCCCACAGCGGCCCGGACGGCGCCCCCCGCCCUUUCCCCGGGCCCAGCACAGACCUCCCACUCGGCGCCACAGCUCACCCGCAACGCAGCUUCACCUUCAAGGGAGGUGACCUCUCACCCUCCAGACACUUUGCCACCCAGCCCACACCUGGCCUCCUGGAAGAACUCGGACCUCACUUGGACAACCCCUGGCCUUACUUUGUCCACCCUUGAUACCACCGUGGUUCCGGCACUGACCCCUGAGCUUUCACCUACCCCACUGGCCACCUUGCCCAAAGAACUGACCUCUGACCCCUCUGCACCCGCAGUUGUGACUCAUCUUUCCCCUACCUCAGAGUUGACCCCAGAACCUGACACAGCCCCAGCCUGGGACACAACUCCAUACCCCAGCACAGUUCCAGAACCUUCCAGAUCCCCAGACCCCUCCAUAAGCCCUCCCCCCACCACCACUUCUCCCUCCAGCACGAUCUCUUACCCCACCACGACCCUCAACACUACCAUUACCACCCACUUCACCACGCCCCUUCACCCCACCACGACCCCUCACCCCACCACGACCCCUCGCCCAGCCACAGAUUCUCACCCACCCACAACACCUUCCACCACCAUGAUCCCUCCCCCCCCCACCACCCCUCACCCCACCACAACUGCUCAACUCACAACAACCCCUAAGCCCAUCACAAUCCCUCACCCUGUCAUGACCUCUCACCCCACCAGGACCACUCACCCCACCACGACCUCUGACCCCACCACAACCUCCGACCUCACCAUGACUCCUCACUCUACCACUACUGCUCACCCAGUCUUGACUCUUGACUCCACCUCAACUCCUGUGAUCACCACUAAGUCCCUCCUAACUUCCCUGGAAACAGAACUUCCCUUUCCCGCUCCAGCACCAAUAGGCAAGCCCAGCUUGCACCCCCAGUUGGACUUCAUGGGGGCCCCCCACCCCUCCACAUCCCCUGUGUCAAGCAUAGAAUCCUCUCCAGCCUCAGAGUCCAACCUCUCCAGGUCUUCUGCAGCCCCAACCAUGGACACACCAUCCACUGAGGAUUUCAAACCACCCAGAAGCCAGAGCCCCCAACUAACCUCUCCACCUCCUCAGACCCCACACUCAGCCUCCGACCCCACUGAGACCCCUGAUCUCCACCUGCCCCCCACGGCCCAUCCCUUAGAUCAGCCACCACCUGACAGUCUCAGCCUGGGGCCAGUGCCCAGUCAGAGCUCAGACCCUGUUGGCCCAUGCGUGGCCCCAGUGCCACCUGUAAGGGUCAUGGCUUGUGAGCCACCUGCCCUGGUAGAGCUGGUGGCUGCCGUCCGGGAUGUGGGCAGCCAGCUGCAGAGGCUGACCCAGGCCCUGGAGCGGGACCAGCAGGAGCGCCAGGCUCUGGGACUGUGGCUGACCCAGCUGGCGGAGGCUGUUCAGGGUCUGGGGCAGCUGGGCGAGGUGGUGAAGAGACUGGCAGAGGUGGCCUGGCCUCCCAGCACACCCGCACCAACCACCACCACCCCAGAGGAGGAAGAGAGGCCUCUGAGGGGAGACGUGUGACCCUGUCUGGGACUUGAGGGGGGCUUAAGACACUUAAC